GCUCUUUGAGGCGCAGGGGAAAGAAGUGCCACAGUGGCUGAUAGGCGGAGGCACGCCAGGAGUUCCGCCCUGUAGCAAGAUGGCGGCGGGCAGUGGGGGUUCCGGGCGGCGGCGGCGCGGGGCGCUGCGGAUGCUUAUGCGGGUCGGCUCGGUGCUGCUCACGCGCUUCCCCUUCUGGCAUUGCCUCAGCGGCCUCCUCCUUAAUGCCGAGCGCGCCGAGGCCCGCAGGAAACCAGACAUUGCUGUCCCUUUUCUCUACUUUGACAUGGGAGCAGCAGUGUUGUGUGCAAGCUUCAUGUCCUUUGGAGUGAAGCGACGGUGGUUUGCCCUGGGAGCUGCCCUACAGCUGGCCAUCAGCACAUAUGCAGCAUAUGUUGGGGGUUAUGCACACUAUGGAGACUGGCUGAAGGUUAGGAUGUAUUCGCGGACAAUAGCCAUCAUUGGUGGCCUCUUGGUUUUGGCAAGCGGAGCUGGUGAGAUCUACCGCCAGAAACCACGGAACAGGUCACUUCAGUCCACUGGGCAGGUUUUCAUCGGCAUCUACCUCAUUUGCUUGGCCUACUCCCUUCAGCACAGCAAGGAAGACCGCCUGGCCUAUCUCAGUGGCGUCUUAGGUGGGGAAAUCGCCUUACAGCUUCUUUUUGUUCUCUACGGUGUCCUUGCUCUCUCCUUCCUGUCUGGUUAUUACAUCACCAUAGCUGCCCAGAUCCUGUCGGUCAUCCUUCCUUUGGUCAUUCUCUUCAUCGAUGGCAACUUGGGCUACUGGCAUGACUCACGCAGAGUUGAAUUCUGGAACCAGAUGAAGCUGAUUGGACAGAACGUUGGGAUCUUUGGAGCCUCCAUAAUUUUGGCGACUGAUGGCUGAAAGCAGACUUGUGAGACACGAUAGCAAAGUGUCUGACUCGGGAAUGGGGUCACGGGGGCAGAGAAGGGACUAGGAUUUCUUUUUAAGGAAACACAUAUUUAUUUUUGUUUUUACUGCAUUUUAAAAAUCCUUUGUUCCUUCUCAUUGGCAGCUAAAUGAACUAGUGGGUUUCUUCAGAAUCCAGCGUGGUUCCUAGAUUCACUUUUGCUAUCAAGGACAGUCCAGUGGACCUUGUGUUCUGGCAAACACAAGAGAGUAGUUAAAGGCAGUUGACUACAUCAGUGCAAGUUGUGGGUUUUGGUCCCAGAAUUCUUGCUUCUCAUCCAUACAGCAGGUUAGAGAUGAUUUGAUAGAGGUAGCUGGCUGUGUUAUCGCCUUGUAUGCUGCAGAUGGUGGGGCUGGACCCCAGGCUGGGUAGCCAAAGACAGAGUUACAUUUCAACUUUUAUUUGCUCUGUAUGCAGGAGUAUCUAGAUGUCAAGGUAUUUAGAUGGAACAUGCAGUGUUUUAUACUAACCAGGUUUGGCCCUUUCAAAGCUCUCCCAAGAAGCCAGCGUGAACCACAGCAUCUUUGUUUGCAUGGGAUGGCUUACUCUUGACCUGUCCCAAGGCUUUUAUUAGGCUGUAAUACAUUUUCAGUCAAACGUUAAAUGCAAAUUGUGAUCAGUUGGGUAAAAUGGCUUGCUUCUGGUGUGAGCGUGGCAGCAAAUAGAAAAAGCUCCCUGCUACUGUUCCUGCAUUGUGACCUACAGUAAGUAGAUCAGAGUGUACUGGCCACGGCUGCUUCCUGAUUACAUGGGAUGGCUGGCUUAGGCUGAUCUAGCACUAGGGUCCACCUAAGUCCGGAGCCUUAGAGCUGCUUUCCAAAUAUUCUGACUUAGUGGUGAAAGGAGUCGAAGAGGGCCUUGUGAGGAAGAGAAGCUGAAGACCUCUUGGAAAAUCUGAGGCACCUCCUAAUGGCUUGGAAAUGCCUGCUGCUCUUUCACCCUGUCAGGCAGCCCUUAAUGGAUCAAUAGUCUUUGUGAAUCAUUUAUGCAGGACACAAACUAAAGGGAUGUAUUUUGUUUAUUUAUUUAUUUAUUUUAUUUAACUCGAUUUCUAUACCGCCCUUCCAAAAAUGACUCAGGGCAGUUUACACAGAGAAAUAAUAAAUAAAUAAGAUGGAUCCCUGUCCCCAAAGGGCUCACAAUCUAAAAAAGACUAGCCAUAGUCUACAGCCCCACUGGAGUGGUGAUAAAAGGGAGUAACAUGGGAAUUUCAGGACGAAACCCCUAAGCAGCCUGCUGUAGGUGGGGAGAGUGGAAUUUUGGAAGAGAGAGAAAAAAAGAACCUGCCCUUAACAUAGAAUGAGGAGCACAGGUCAAGUGAGGUAACUAAAGCUGUUUUUGCUGGACAACAAUUUUUAAAAUACUAGGAGAGGCUUUUGGAAAUUGCCAUCCUAUCUAGGCUGCUCCUGACUUGGCUGAAUCCAGUAGGCUUUAACACAAAGGGUCUGGAUUUAUUAUUAUUAUUAUUUUUGGAAGUCAUGUGUGCUAUAUGGCGAGGAAUCUGCCUAAGUGCUUGAAUUUCAAGUGUGGGGGCAGUCAGAGGGGGCCAUCUUUUGUGAUGGCCCUUCCAACUGCUGAUUUUAAAAGGCUUGGGAAGGCAUGAUUUGUCUGACAUUGGGAGGAGUUGGGGUGAAGCUUAUGAAGCUCUGCUGUCCUCCCCCCACCCCACCCCCCUAAUUCAAACACUGGUGUAGCCUUACUGACUGCUCUUGAUGCUACAAGCUCAUGAGGCGAUGCAGCAAGGAAAUGGGACUGCCAAGUGUGCUUUUGUUUCCCACACCAUUCACAAGACUUGGGUAAAAUGGAGAACUUGUCUCUCACAGUGAAGAACAGAGCAUCUUAACUUCACAAUUGCUUCUCUACAAACAUGUGUUCCUUCUGAAUCCACAUGAUCAUGCUUGGUGCAUUUUAUUUAGCAUUUCCAAGAUCAAAUGCUGUAAGAAGUAUUGAGUAACGAGCAAUUGCUGUAAUUUAUUGGGUUUUCCAAAGUGUCCAGGCCUUGUUUUCCUGAAAUAAGGAAACUGGCUUGGUCUGCCCUGCCUUCAACCUUUCUGAAAAUGUAACCUCUCUGGAGGCAGAUGCUGUCCUCCAGCAAAUGCAGUAAGCAGGUGUUUGUAGGCAGGUUGCUCAGGUGGGAGUCAGGAGGCUGUGGUUGUGGCAGUGGUGACUCCACCUGAGCAACCUGCCUGCAAACACCUGCUUACUGCAUAAUAAUACAUGUAUCCCCACUCUGUACCCCAUGCACAAACAGCUACAAUUUAUCCAUAUGUGGGGCAGGGUCUACAUACAACCUUCUCCUGUGUCUGCAGUCACUGGGCUCGUUCAUAUGAUUGAAAACGGGAUAGGACAAGUAUCCUUCCCAGUUUUGGGUGGUUUCUGUGUGUGUGUGCCCUCAUCUUGUGAUGGUGUGUGAAAGAAAAACAAGGUAGGAGGUACCAGUGAUGAUAACGGCUAGCUUCCUGUUGGGUAGGAUGGCUCUGUCCAGCUGGUCAUUUGGGUGGAGGAAAUGCCCUCCCUGCCCUGAGGAGGAAAUGCCCUCCCACCCAGAGGGAGACUAGCUGAUUAUCACUGCUGGGGCCUCCUACCUUACUUCCCCCUCCCCAAAGGGGAGUGUGCGCAACUCCCGAAACUGCAAUCAUAUGAAUGAGCCUACCAUCUGAUUAUAUUUGAAGUGCUUGAAGUGCUUCUUGGUAGGGAAUGUAUGUGAAAAUCCUUGUUGGAAUUGAAUAUCCACUUGGAGUUUUGUGUAUGUAUGUUUGUGUUGUGGGGGAGUUGUGUGCAUUCACCUGAGCCAGACGCUGGCAGGAAUUUAGAAUCGGGAAUCACUGCUGAAAAAUCCGCCAUGUGAUCUAUUUGGAUACAGUAGAUACAUUCAUACUUCCACAGUAAAGGUAAAGUGUGUCAUCAAGUCAAUUUCAACUCCUGGCGCUCAUAGAGCCCUGUGGUUUUCUUUUGGUAGAAUACAGGAGGGGUUUACCAUUGCCUCCUCCCGCGCAGUAUGAGACGAUGCCUUUCACCAUCUUCCUAUAUCGCUGCUGCCCGAUAUAGUACCAGCAGGGAUUUGAACCGGCAACCUUCUGCUUGUUAAUCAAGCAUUACCCGGCUGCGCAACUUAAGGUGGACUUCCACAGUAUUCGUGCCAAAAGCACUCCUAUGGAGGCCCGUGGGAAUGGAACUGGCUCUUAGAAGCUGCUGCUGUUCUGGAAUCAAAGGCCACUUAAACAAUAUUUACUGUGUCUUGCACUGCCUCUUGUCUCCCUCUCCCUUGUCAGCAAGUCAUGCCAACUACUGUCUUCCUUGGCUUUCCCAGGCUGCUUCAUGUUUUGGGAGGAUUAAAAGAGAUUUGAAAGAAAAGAAUCCAUUCUUCUCCAUUUGCCUCCCAUUUCGUUUUGCUUGUCUGUCUAUCCCCUUCCAAACACGUGCCAUUCUUUGAUGAGACUGCCCAGGGCUUUGCGGAGUGGUGAGAUUAAAGAUACGGUGAGGCUGGUGUAUAUAGGAGCUGGCUGUUGAACAAAGCACACAAUUUGUGCAAUGUGAUAUAUAGACCCUUGAGGACGACUCUGGGCAUCUUGUCUUGCUUUCAAGGCUAAAUGGUGCCACCUACAUGUGAUCAGAGUCAUUCUACUAUGUGUCGUGUGUUUUGCUGAAGACACGUGAUGCACUGACCUUGCUCAGCAGUUCUGCAGCUGGUCAGUGCCUGGAUGGGAGACGACCUGGGGACCCAUUGUAUGCUGCGUUGAGGUCUAUAGUGGAAGAAAGGUGGGAUGGAAAUGAAAUAAACGCCACACAUUUGUGGGUUGGUUAGUAGUAUUGAAAACAAGUGUUGGAUUCAGUCCUGAAAACAUGUACUUUUGGUGUGCCUGGGGGGAAUGUGCCCCAUUUCUGAUUCCUCUUAGAACUCACAUGUUGGUGGCCUUCAGGCUGACUUUCAUGUUGGGAUGGGACUGCAGAGUAGAGCAUCUGCUUUGCAUGCAGAAGGCUCCAGCUUCAGAGCCUGGCAUCUCCAUGUAGGGCUGGGAAAGACCUUUCUGCUACCUUGGAGAGCUGCUGCCAGUCAGGGUCGACAAUACUGAGCUAGAAGGACCAAUAUAUCAAGUAUGAAGCAGUGUCUUACGUCAGUUGAUCUUCACAACUGCAUAGUUGGUAAUAUUUUGAAUGGGAACUUGGAUAAAGCAUCACCUGGCACUUGGUGUUUCUUGGUUGUCUGGGCUUCGUAGCCUCAGCUCUUCUCUGUGUGUGCACAAAGGUCAAAGGAAGUUGGUAUAAGAUGGGCAGCAGCAGGUCCCUUAAAACUAGAACUUCUGAGAAGAGACAUUUGAAAACAUCACCAAGCUUCAUGCUUUUGACGUACAGUCUGGAAUGCGAUCUUAAGGAAUGUGCAAAAAUGGCAUGAUUGGCUGUUUCUGUUGGCUCUCAUUUCAGCGUGGCUCACUUAGCUUAGAUAGGGUUUAUGCACACCCUAUCUUGGGGUUUCACCCACAGUGUAUUUCUGGCUAUUGUAUCCAGGUGAGGAUAUAUACCUCAGAAUAUAAACAAGCAGCAGAGAGUGGACACUAGGUGGCCCCCUCACCUUGCCUUGAAUAGUCUUCUAAAGUAAAGUGUGCCGCGGAGUGGGUGUUGACUCUUGGCGACCACAGAUCCCUGUGGUUGUCUUUGGUAGCAUACAGGAGGGGUUUACCUUUGUCUCUUCCCGUGCAGUAUGAGAUGAUGCCUUUCAGCAUCUUCCUGUAUCGCUGCUGUCUGAUAUAGGUGUUUCCCAUAGUCUCGGAAACAUGCCUUUUAGCUCAACAAAAACCUACAUAUAUAAUGUGUGCCUGCAGUUUCAAAAGGUUUUGGCCACUGAAUGGUGGGUAAGGGAGAAUAUAAAUAUUUUAAAUAGGUAUCAGGAUCUAAAUCUUCCUGGAAGUUGUUUCUUCUCAUACAGAACACUUUCCCUCCUUGUUAUGUUACAUUUAUUUUUAUUUUAUUUUUACAUUUAUAUCCUGCUUUUCCUACGAAGAACCCAGAGCAGUAUAUUUUAAAAUGACAAGGAUUUGGAAUAUGGGAGAGAAUUUUCUCCCAGAUACGCACCCAAGUUUGAGCCUGAAUAUUUGUUGUGUGUGCCAUUAGCUUUUAGUGGCAGUUGUCAUGAAUGAUGAUAAUGAAAGUUGACUAGGCAGCACAGAGACAACAAAUUUCUGCCUUUAGAUCCUGCUGCAUGGAGGAAUGAGGAGUUCUGUAUGGAGCAACUAACUGAAUUCUUUCUUUACUCCAUCUGUGUCUCUAAGUAGCAGCACAAACCAGAGACAAGUCACAUGUGCUGUGGCAUGCAUACAGUUUUUCUUUAUAGAUUUAUUUAUUAUAUUUAUAUCCUGUUUUUCUUCCAGGGAGCCCAUAGUUAUAUUUAUCCUCACAACAACCCUAUUGGUUAGACUGAGAGGUACAUGACUGGCCCAGAGUCACCCAGUGAGUUUCAUGACUGAACAGGGAUUUGAACUUGGGCUCCCUGGUCUUAGUCCAGCACUCUAUCCACUACAUCACACUGGCUCCUGCUCUUGUGGUUCUUAAGCUGCAAACCUUUGUUUUGGGGGGAGUGCAACCCCAUUCAAGACAGGCUGUACACCUAAGAACAUCAGAACAGCCCUGCUGGAUCAGGCCCAAGGCCUAUCUAGUCCAGCAUCCUGUUUCACACAGUGGCCCACCCGAUGCUCCUAGGAAGCCCACAGGCAGGCAAGAAGUGAGGGCAUGCCGUCCUGACUGCUGUUACUCUCCUGCAGCUGGUAUUUUGAGGCAUCUUGCCUCUGAGGCUGGCCUAUAGCCCUCAGACUAGUAGCCAUUGAUAGACCUGUCCUUCAUGAAUUUAUCUAAACCCCCCUUAAAGCCAUCCAGGCUGUUGAAGAUGUGUCACCACAUCUUGUGGCAGAGAAUUCCAUAGGUUAAUUAUGUGUUGUGUGAAACUUCCUUUUGUGUGAGUACUUCCUUUUGUCGGUCCUAAACCUCCUGGCAAUCAGUUCCAUGGGAUGACCCCUGGUUCUAGUGCUAUGUGAGGAGGAGAAAAAUUUCUCUAUAUCAACUUUCUCCACACCAUGCAUGAUUUUAUAAACCUCUGUCAUGUCUCCCCUCAGUCAUCUGUUUUCUAAACUAAAAAGCCUCUGGUGUUAUAGCUUUGACUCGCAAAGAACGUGCUCUAGGCCCCUGAUCAUCUUGGUUGCCCUCUUCUGCAUUUUUUCCAGUUCUACAAUGUUCUCCUUAAGAUACGGUGACAAGAACUGUACACAGUACUCCAAAUGUUGCAGCACCAUAGUUUUGUAUUAUAAUAUUGUAUAAUAUAUUAGCAGUUUUAUUUUCA